CCGUCUUCUUCCUCUCUCAACAAUGUUGGCUCCCGAACGUGACCCGCAAUCCUAUCCUCGGUCGCACAAGCAGUCCAGCGCAAGCACAACACCAAGUUUGCGCCAAUCUCGUGUGCCCUCCCGACAAUCACGCUCCCGCAUCAUUGCGACCCUGACUCCUACCCGAGUCGUAUGACUUGAUUCGCUGCCUCCCGCUCAUAUAAAUACUCAGCCGACUUUGCUUGCCUCCAGUCCGCAUCUCGAGCACACAGCUUGCCUUCGUCAAGCCAGGUCAAGUCGCUUUCCCUUCGAAUUUGCGGUCGCUCAAGCAGUCUGGACUCGUGAUAAAAUGCAUCCGCUUUCUCCUUCUCCCUGGCAUCCUUCUGCAUGCCACUCCCUCAGUCGCCCGGGCAUCAACCAAUACAGCCAUACCCGCCAUCCACCCCCCGACUACCCUGACUACUCUGACUACUCUUCCGACUCAGACCGCGACUACGACUACGACAGCCCUCCAGAAGACAACGCCUCCUACUACAAUAACCCCACCGCACCAACCGCACCCACCGCCCCGCCAACAACGAUGUCCUUCCUCCGCGCCCCCAUCAAACUCCCCUCCUCCUCGCCCGCGACCUACCUCUCUUCCUCGUCCGAAAUCCUCAUCCUGCCCACCCUCUCGCACAUAACCGUCCAUCUGAAAAUCUCCUCGCACACCGCCACGCAAACACUGCGCGCAGCCGUCGCGGGCAAUCUGCGCCUCCGCGAGAUCAUCAAGCAGCUGCUCGGACCGACCGUAGAGCAGUACGACGUGCGCGUGCUGGUGAAGAGCAGGGGGAGCUGGGAGCAGCCGAGUUUGGAGACGCGGAUUAGCGACAUCAAGGAAGCGGGGUAUUGGUUUAGUAGGAGUGGGAGGGGAGAUGCGGAGAUUCGGGUUGAGUGCGUGGGAAGGAGGAGGGGUGGGUGGUAG